UCUAGUCCCAGAAGAUGACAUUUUCCAAGCUUUGCUGCUAACACUUUAGCUUCUGUGCCCAAGAAGUGUGAUAUUUUUCCUUCACCUCUCAGCACAAGUGUUAAUGCUCAAGUCUCUGGAACACUCUGGGACAGAAGGAAGUGUCAGAGAAGCACCAGCCCUGCUGCAGAUAGGAUUAAACACCAGUGUUUCCUUUUGGAACCUUUUCUCUCCCCUCCCUUGCAUCCCCCCUCCCCAUAUAAGUGACUUUGCUCCAUCCAUGCAGUGGAGCGUGUGGUGCUCCCACAGUUGCGUCAGAUCUGUGCAAACAAACGACACUCUUCCCAUUGUGGAAUCAGACUAUUUAAGGGGCAGAACUGAAGGGCUCAACCACCACCUCCAGGCUGCCUCUUCUCUCCAGUGUACAGCAGGAAUCUGCACCUCAUUUCAAAGCUAUGAAUAGUGGGAUCUGCCUCUUUCUCCUCCUGGCUGUGCUGUCCAUGAACUCCUCAGGGCAGCAGACAUCUGGUUCCCACAAUGGCAAUCCUGUGGCUGCCGACCUUGAGCAGAGCUUGCUGGACAACCACCGGCACGUUCGUAACCCAGCCACAGGGAAAUCUAUCCAGCGGGUAGAUGGCAGCAUGGACCAAAAAGCCAACCUUGGAGCUCUGUUGGCUAAAUACCUCCAGCAAACCCGAAGAGGUUCAACUGGAAAGGUCUCUGUGAUGGGACUACAGAAUUUUGACCCUACACACAGGAUAAGAGACAGAGACUACAUGGGCUGGAUGGAUUUUGGACGCCGCAGUGCUGAAGAAUAUGAGUACGCUUCUUAAAGAAUGUUAAACUAUGCUUAAAAUAAAUUAAAAUCAAGUCUCAUUUCUGUACAGAAAAAAAUUUGUCAUCCUUUUCAAAUCAGUGUUUUAAAACAUGUACUUGAUGUAAAUUUGUCUGUAAAACUAUACAAUGCAAUAUAUAUUAUAUAAACAUAUGCAGAAUUUUCAAGAAAAAAGGUUUCUCCUAUAAUUUCUUACACUUCAUUGUAGACAUAUUAAAAGUAUUUUGCUCAUCCCGCAGUUGUCUUGUCACCACAAAUGUUGCUGAGUCACAAUCUACCGCCAAAGGAAAAUGCUUUCAAUUCUACCAUAUGCUAUUUACUAAUCUGUACAACUUCCAAAAGAGUGUGUUCUAUCUGUGUUUCUAUCAUUCUGCACCAUUUUAAACAAUGGAUUGAAUCCAGACUUAGGAGUACUUACUUUAAACCCAUUGUAUUUAAGUUAGUCAGGACUAACCUAAGUCCCAUUGAUUACAAGGGUUUUACUGUUGAGUAUGAGUAAGUUUGAAUCCAACCCAGUCUGUAAAAAUAUCAACAUGGUAGAAGAAGUUUCCUAUGAAAAGCAUUUUUAUGGCUACCAUUUUUAAUAUUUAAGUCAGAGAAAUCACUGGUGCAUAGUAGAUUUUUUUUCUUUUGUGAAAUAAAUGUGAAAAUUCUGCUCAAAUUAUGAAUCCUGGAAUAAACAGAACAUUCCUUGC